GACACCAGCUCUCUCCAGACCUACAAAACAUCUUGGCCAGGCAUCUCCAGAUGGCGGGAUUACCUUGGCCUCAAGCAAAUGGUCAGCAGCCAGAACAAUUUCUCCAAGGGCCAUCUCCCAGGAAUCCACAAAAUCCUAACACUCUGAGAGUGAAUGCAGGUUUAGAGGUUCCACGCCCCAGUCUCCCUCCUGAAUCUGUGUUUCCUUUGGGUAUAAACUUUGACAACCCAGUGAUGGGUGAAAUGGCAGCUGUUGCCACCCUAGGUCCUUUGCCAAGAGCACCACAAUCCUCCAGCACUGGCAGGAAUAACCAGUGGCAAGAAUCAGUGAGUCUGGCACAGCGUGAGCAUGUUGUACGGAGGAUAGUCCAAAUGAUUUAUCCCAAUCCUGAUCCUGCCGUAUUAGGAGAUGAGCACACGGAGAGGCUGGCCUCAUUUGCUCGCAGAGUGGAAGGGGAGUCAUAUGACCAAGCAAACAGCCGGGAGGAAUACCACCAUCUGCUAACUGAGAAGAUCCAUGAAAUCCACAGACACAUACAGGAAGUACAAGAGAACAGGCUGCUGGGGCAGCAAGGACUUGGUGUACUGCCAGCUCCACAGCAGCAAGGACCUGGCAUGGGUCAGCCAUAACAAAGACUCUCUGCUAGCUUUUGUGGAGAGCUGAAUGGUAGAUUCCAGCCUCCAGAAAGAAGUGUCUGGACUAUCCUCAUCUAAGCUGCCUCCUCUGGAC